AUGCUGUUCUCCACCAAGCUAUUUUCAAGAAACAAAGACUUGAGCCCCAAGCUACUGCCCAUAAUGAUACGACAGAUUUUAAAAGCAACAGCCAUCUUUAAUGACCCAAGAUUUGGACAGGCAAUCUCAAGGGAUUCGUUGUUGCAAUCGAAGAAACUAAGCUUCAGCUCCUUACUCUUUAAAGAAGUAAGAUUCACAUCCUUGAUUCCCCGACAGCUUUCAAGAGGAAAAUUUUCCAGGUUCACCGAACCAGAAAUCACUUCAAACAGUAUCGUAUCACUCAAGGAAACAUUUUCAAGGAACACUGACUUGAGGGACUUUAGCCAAGUAGGGGAAAUAGUUUCUAAGCCUCAAAAUUUUGACACAGCCAUUUCUAAGAAGAAAGAAAGAGAACUUCUUACUCUUAUCGAGCUCGACUUCUUGUACAUGGCGUUGAAUGGAAUAAACGAAUCCAUGAUCUCAUAUAACUAUGUUCAUAAGUUCCUUCGAGGUAGAAUCUGUGGAGACGGGAGAAAGGAGCUAGGGCUAUUGUGGAGGCAGUUGUGGAUGAAUUUGCGUGGGAAUUUUUCAGGGAAGUUGAGAGAAGCGACUUCUGAACAAAGUUUACGCCAUUUGUGGGAUACUGAGGAGAAUUCGAAGGCUUUACAGGUAGGAAGGAAAGAGAAGAUGUGGAGGAGGAUAUCUUCUGGUGGGUCAUUUAGGGUUGAAGUUGUGGAGUAUGGCGAGAUUAAUCAAUUAAGUCCCAUCUCGUGUGCACUUCAACCAGCACAUGUUUCAACUAGCAACCUCAGCGACAUAGCUCAUGAACCUUACAAAAGAGAGUAA